AUGAAGAAUCUACAUGAACUUGAUAAUCAAAGUUUAUUAGAAAGACUCAAUCGAAUUAACGAAGAAAAUGAUCAUCUUCGACGAGAAAAUCGACUUUUCUCUCGGUAUUUAUUGCGUAGUCAUUCGAGUAAAAUUGUUCAAACGUUCGAUGAAUACGAAUAUGAAGAUGAAAAUGAAAUACUCCGUAAGAUACUCCAUCAAAUAAAACCAUCCGAAACUGCUCGACGACUCGCAAUGAAUAAAAGUGUUAUUGGAUGGGUGAAAGUACCUGUUAAUUGGGGAGUGCAACGAUUUACAAACUAUAUAUCUCUAGUCGAACAAGAGCGGUUCAUUCUAGCAGCAUAUGAAGCAGAACAGAGUCGUUUGGAAUUGGAACGAAUGAAUCGCAAAGCCAACGCGGCAAUUUAUAGUUUCGAAGUUGCAUUUCAAUCGAUAGAAUCUGAUGAAAUUGCUCAAGAAACUCUCAAUUAUGAACUUCGUCGACGCGUGGAGAGAUACCGUGUUGAUGUAGGCGACGAAGAAUUCUAUAGUCCAUGCAUGCACGUGCCAGGUGAACUUGUUGUCAGUCGAAUUAACAAACGUAUUCAUUCUCGUACUAGCCUUAUUGGUCUUAUUCGGAUAAAUACUGCUCGUCUGCAUAUUCGUAUGGGCGAAAUCGAUGCGAAAAUACGUAUGGUGGAUGAUUUCAAUGAUAAAAUGGAUGAAGUUGAUAUUACGACGAUGCGUACGAGAAAAAUCAAUAAUAGUGAGAUCUAUGAAGAAAUUAAUAGAAAAUUUCGACUGGAGAAAUCAUCUCAAUAUCCAUUAUUUCGUCGAUUACAGGAAGACAAAAAAUUUCUAUCUGAUCAAGAGAGAAUUAUCAGUGAAAUGGAAAAGAAAUGUGAAUUAUUACGAAACUAUAUCGAUAGAAUCAUGGUAGAAAUCAAAGAUAUUCAACGAGAAUAUGAAAUUAUUUGGAAGGAAAACAAUUUUCUAAGAACUCGCAUUGCUGAUGUCCAACAAGUACCAACUAUCACUGAUUAUGCACAUAUUAUGAAACAAACGAAGGUUUUACGACAUGGAAUUGAUAUUUGGACGAAGAGAGUUCAUAUUGCAAAAAAUAUGCUGUCAGAAAUAACACGACAACAACCAAAACCACCGAGACGAUUACCACCCUUACAACCCAAUGAUGUCGAUUGA